UUGCUACCCAAGAACAAGAGGUGGCAUCCAGUGGGAAGAAAUAUGGAGGACUUGUUCCAAAGAAAAAAAAAAGCCUUUGAUCUCCAAGGAUCAUGAACGUGCCUUCUUUGAUUCUGCAGAUUGGGCCUUAUGCAAGCAAGGUGCAGGAGUGAACCAAAAAUCAACAGUUGCUAUUGAGACUUUACAGCCAAAGUCACAUCAACACUCCUUAUGGUUUUCCUUGUAUGGACACGAAUCCGAGAGCAGCUCAUCCCCCGAACACGAUGCCUGCCGAUGCUUACUCCGCCACUCCAGCCCUCUUGCUGGCAGAUCUCGCCACCACCGUCACCUCCACUCCCUCCGUCGUCCGCAAAUGGCUCCGAACCACUCUCUCUCCAAUACCCACAACCAAUCUCCUUCGCAUCUCUGCAUCGAGAUCGCCAAGCUCGAAACCCAGAUCUCCUAUGGCGUCUUACACUACAUCCUCUUCGUCUCC